AUGUCUACCGACGACCCAAAACAGCCAGCAACUGUGCAAAAGGAGCUGAAGAAACCACGAUUUGUCAGUUACCUAUGGGACACAUUUGACAAGCCGCCGGCAGAAAGACGACUGUUGACGAAGCUUGAUACUGCAAUCAUAUCGUUCGGUGCAGUCGGCUACUUUGUCAAAAGCGUGGAUCAAUAUAACAUCAACAAUGCCUUUGUGUCCGGAAUACUGCAUGGGCGUUGGGUUAUGCCUUGGGGCAAAUUCCUAGUAAUAUCAUCCUCAGUCGGGCACGACCAAGAUAUUGGAUACCGAGUCUUGAGAUGCAACCAUGCAUAUCAAUUUUACGUGAUCCGGCUGCUCAUUGGUCUCUGCGAAAGUGGGUAUUAUCCCGGAAUCCAGCACUCUCUUGGCUCCUGGUAUAGACGAGAUGAACUAGGGAAGAGAGCCUGCAUAUUCCAGAUUUGCAGCGCCAUGGGCCAAAUGGCGUCCGGGUACAUAAUGGGCGCAGUCUACCAUUUAGAGGGCAUAGGAGGGUUUAAAGGAUGGCAAUGGGCAUACAUCAUCAACGGCUCGAUCGCGUUGCCUGUGGCUAUCGCGGGUUACUUUAUACUCCCUGAUGUGCCUGAGAUCACAAAGUCGUGGUAUCUAAGCGAAGAGGAAAUCAAACUGUCGCAGCUGCGAAUGCAUCUGGAGGGACGAAAACCUCGGUCGAAGUAUACCAAGGAGAAGCUGAAGAGGAUUUUUAGCUCAUGGCAUAUAUAUCUUAUGUCUAUACUCUAUGUAGCUUUCAACAAUGGAAUCGCAAACACACAGCCGAUAUUCCAACAAUAUCUUCGCCAUUCCACGAACCCUCGUUAUUCAAUUCCGCAAAUCAACAACUACCCAACAACUACAUCAGGGGUGCAAAUUCUGAUGACCGUGAUAUAUGCCUGGCUCUCCGACACUAUCCUUCAAGGCAGACGCUGGCCGCCGCUUGUAUUUGGCGGAAUUAUAAAUAUCAUCUGUUACGUAUCCUUAGCCAUCUGGGAUAUCCCUACUUGGUGGAAGUGGACGUGUCUCAUCGCCGCAGGGGCGUCGUUCGGGUUGGGUGGGCUAUGCAUGGCCUGGGCAAACGAAGUGUGCCAAAACGACAGCGAAGAACGCGCCAUCACCAUCGCAGCCAUGAACGAAAUCGCAUACAUCCUGCAGAUCUGGCUGCCCCUGCUGGUCUGGCAGCAGGUCGACGCCCCGAGAUAUUUCAAGGGAUAUGUCACCGUCUCCAGCAUGUCCGUUCUGCUUAUUGUGAUGAGCUUCAUAGUUCGAAGAUUGCACAACAGGGAAAUGUCUGCUGAGACGGUUGGCCAGCAGGAGCAUGCUACUGAAAGCUGUGUUCAGCUACAUCCACGUGCUGCUAUGGAUGACGGCGACUGGAAUAUCAACUCUCAUGCCAUUCAGCUUUGUCAGUUUGAUAGUAUUAAUGGGCAUGAAGGGGUUUCUUCAUCUUCGUCUUCUGUGUCGAAUGAAAAGUAUGCGCCCUCGCCGACUACCAUUAGUGGCUCGACGAUUGCUGCUUCGCCCUGCGAAAAGGGGUCUUCGUCUAUUCUUCAAUCUCCGGCUACUGACUCUGGAGAAAUGGGAAUAGAGGCAUGUCCGUUAAAACCGGUUUAA